AUGGUCGUACGGAGAGGCCGAGCGCGACACAGAGACCCGCCGUCGCGAUGCUCUUGCGACGCCCAGGACCUGACGGCAGCGACGUGCUCGCCGGCGCUGGACGUCCGGGACGCGGCGCUGGCGGGGGCCCUCGUCCGGGCGGCCACGACGCCUUUGGAGUGCGUCGUGGCUCCCCGGCGGGCCGAGGGCGUGGGCGAGGUUCCCUUGCUGAGCUGCCGCGAGGCCGCCGGGCUGGGCGCCCGGCGCACCGCCGCCCGCGUGCUCGCGCUCAAGGGGUGGCGCGGCUUCUUCCGCGGCGGGCUCCUGGAUACGCUGCGCGGCGGCGCGGCGCGCGGCGUCACCGUCGGGCUCGUGGACAGCUGCAGGCACGUCCUCGGCGUGCCCGACGUCGCGGCGGGGGCCCUCGCGGGUGCGGCGCAGACGCUGCUGCUGUACCCGCUGGACGUGGUGCAGACGGUGCGGCGCGCGGGGGUGGGCCAGACGCGGGUGUGCGACGCGGGCACCCUGGGGAUCCUGCGGCUGAUGGCGUCCAGGGGUGUGCCAGGGCUCUACCCCGCGCUGGGCCCGUCCCUGGCCGGGUUCACGGCGUUCUACGCGGUGCAGUUCGGCGCCCGCCGCCCGCUGCACGAGGCGACGGGCUCGCCCUUCCUCGCCGGCUUCCUGGGCAGCAGCGCCGCCUGCGCGCUCUGUAAUUGGAACAACGUGGUGCGGCUCACCAUGCAGCGGCGGGCAGUCGAGGAUGCGGGGCCCCACCUCGGGUGGUCCAGCACGCUGGUGGCGGAGUACCGGGCGGGCGGCGUGCGGCGCUUCUACGCAGGCUUUGGGGUCAAGGUCUUCCAGACGGCGGUGAACAUGGGUUUGGUGCUGGCCUUGUACGAGCAGCUCCGCGCGUACAGGCUCUGA